AUGUCUGGUACAUAUUAUUUCAAGGCGCUCAAAGUGACAGCUUUAACUAGUGGCCAUUAUACGUUUGUCUCCGAUAGUACCACUGACUUGUACGGCUGGUUGUAUGAUUCAUUCCGUCAAUACUCUCCAUCCUCAAAUUUAAUUGGAUUCAAUGAUGAUGGUGCUUCUGGAGGGAAUUUCAAGCUCAUUACGUAUCUGUCGACCUACCAAUCCAAGGUUUUAGUUGUAACAACAUUUUCACCUUUAACAACAGCAUCAUUCGACGUCAAGGUCGACGGCCCUGGUGUAAUUACUUGGGAAAAUAUAUGA